ACUCUCGCGCCUCAAGACUUUGCACCUUUACACACUAAACAUGGAAAAGACCGCUUUAGCAAUUCUGAUGAAUCUUGGAUUAAUAGAGGAAUCCAAGAUUUCAAGAACAUUACCUUGGAGGCCACCAACUAAUGUUUUCCGUGUCAAAGAGGAUGUUCGUCCUAUAUUCUGGACCAACAGACCAAAGAGUUACAUUUCAAGAACAUUACCUUGGAGGCCACCAACUAAUGUUUUCCGUGUCAAAGAGGAUGUUCGUCCUAUAUUCUGUGAGCAGGACCAACAGACCAAAGAGUUACAUUUGAAGGACCACUCAUUACUAAGAAAAGGCCUGCUAGUGAAGAUUAGAAGAGAGAAAAAUCCAGCACCAGACACAAAUUAG